AUGUACAUUCCAUCUGAACAACUGCAAACCCUUGACCUUCUCUCACUGAGCUUCAUGAUGAAGUCUCUGCUCCUCAGCGUCAAGGAAAGCCACAGCAGAGAUGCUGAGUCUCCAGUGUCUCUCUCGGUCAGUCCUGACAGAGCACAGCACUUCACUGAUGAUGUCAUCACUCUGAGUUGUGGGUUCAGGCAGCACGACAGCACAGUCUGGAGGAGGUUUUCUGAUCACAGAUUAUCACAACAGUGUAACUGGACUAAAUCUAAAUGUGAGUUUAGUUUCCGUGAGGAAACCAGUGCAGUGUUUUGGUGUGAGUCUGGAUCAGGAGAAAUGAGCAAUGCCGUCAACAUCUCAGUCCACAGGGACAUCAUCCUUAUGAGCCCAGUGAGUGCAGUGACUGUGUCUCUCAGCUGUAAACUGAACACAGGGACUUUUACUUCAGUUCAAUUUUAUAAAAAUGGAAAAAUGAUUCAAAAUGGGACUGAACCAGAGCUCAACAUCACUGCAGUGUCCAGGUCUGACCAAGGCUUUUAUAAAUGUGAGGGACAACGGAAACUACGGUCAACACCAAAGACUGUCGUAUCUCCAGAGAGUUGGAUGUCGGUUAAAAGUCAGUGA